CAGCCCCUGUUUGGGGUGACCUCCUCAAACCGGGCAAUCUCGGUCUCAUCACAAGUGGGCGGCUGUGUGCAUCACAUGCACGGACGAGGAGCCACCCGGACGUGUCCAUAGCCCCCAGCCCCGCCUCGGUCCCGCCCCCCAGUCCUAUCCCCGCCAUGGCGGCUCUGCGGACGCUGCUCGGGACAGCGCUGGCCGCUGUCCUGGCCGCGGGGAGAACCGGAGUAGCCCCCGCCGCCGCUUCCCCCUCGCCUCGUAACGUCUCGGUGCUGCUGGAGCCCGGUUCGGAGCAGCUCCGCGUUCUGCCCGGCCGCCUCCCCGCCGCUGUCGCCUGGGCCAGCAUCGACGACCGCAUCCCCACCGUCGGCUGGGCCUUCCUGGAGGUGACCACCAACUCCUCAUACAAUGACAGCCUGCAGGCCUACGCCGCUGGACUCGCUGAGGCUGCCGUCUCUGAGCAGCUGAUGUACAUGCACUGGAUGAACACCAUGGUGGGAUACUGCGGCCCCUUCAAGUAUGAGAGCGAGUACUGCGAGAAGCUGCGGAGCUACCUGGAGACCAACCUGGCCUGGAUGGAGGAGCAGAUGGAGCAGGGGCAGGACCCUGAGUACUGGCACCAGGUGCACCUGGCCCUGCUGCAGCUGAAGGGGCUGGAGGACAGCUACAACGGGCGCCUGGACUUCCCCUGGAGUGGGUUCACCCUGACACCCUUCGGCUUCCUGCUGCUGCAGUUGGGGGGUGACCUGGAGGACCUGGAGUCUGCCCUGAACCGCUCCUCCCCACAGCGUGCCCUGGGCUCAGGCUCUUGCUCUGCUCUUCUCAAGCUGCUCCCAGGCCAUCAGGAUCUCCUUGUGGCCCAUGACACCUGGAACUCCUACCAGUCCAUGCUGCGCAUCAUCAAGAAGUACACUCUGCCCUUCCGCACCUCGGCCGGCGGCAAUUCUCAGAUCCCUGGCAGCACUCAGGUGUUUUCCUCCUACCCUGGCACCAUCUUCUCUGGAGAUGACUUCUACAUCCUCAGCAGCGGGUUGGUAGCACUGGAGACCACCAUUGGGAACAACAACCCAGCACUCUGGAAGUAUGUGGACCCACGGGGCAGCGUCCUGGAGUGGCUGAGGAACAUCGUGGCCAACCGGUUGGCUCGCAGCGGCGCCGAGUGGGCCACCAUCUUCCGACAGUUCAACAGUGGCACGUACAACAACCAGUGGAUGGUGGUGGACUACAACGUCUUCACACCAGGGAGAGUGAGCCCACCACAGGGGCUGCUCACCGUGCUGGAGCAGAUCCCGGGCCUGGUGGUGGUGGCCGAUCGGACAGAGCUUCUGUACCAGCAGGGUUACUGGGCCAGCUACAACCUGCCGUACUUUGAGGAGAUCUUCAACACCAGUGGGACCCUGGAGCUGGUGAAGAAGUAUGGUGACUGGUUCUCCUACGACAAGAACCCACGUGCCCAGAUCUUCCGCCGGAACCAGACCCUGGUCCAUGACCUGGACUCCAUGAUCCGCCUGAUGAGGUCCAACAACUACCUGCAGGACCCCCUGUCUCGCUGCAGGGGCUGUGACCCCCCCCAGAAUGCUGAGAACGCCAUCUCUGCCCGCUCUGACCUCAACCCCCCCAAUGGCACUUACCCCUUCCCUGCGCUGCGCCAGCGCUGCCACGGUGGCACUGACAUGAAGGUCACCUCCUGGGGCAUGGUCCCCACCCUGGGGCUGGUGGCAGCCAGCGGGCCGGUGUGGGAUGAUGUCCCCGCCUUCUGCUGGAGCACAUCCCCCUGCAGUGCCCUGCUGCACAUGGGGCACCCUGACCUCUGGACCUUCCCCCCCGUCAAGGUCCACUGGGACUGAGUGCCUGACACUGGGCUGAACCCGCCUGUCUGUCCAGUGCCACGACCCCCUCUAAGGGGGGCAGCUGGGUUUGGGGUGGGGGGGUCGCAGCGCUGCCAUCUCUCCCCCAUCCCCGGGGUGUGGGUGCAGGAGCCCCCCUGGCUUUUGCUGCUUCUGCCCUGGCAGCUGCAGGGCCGGGGGGCUCUUUGGUUCCCCCCCCCAGUCAAGGGGUUGCAGUGCCUGCCUGGGUGCUGACACCCAUUUAUGGGGGGGUCUUUCCAGAAAAGGGCGG